AUGAUAUGGUUAUCAGAGAGGCAAAAAUUUGGAGUUGGUUUCACAACAGGAGGGAUUUUCUUUUUUAUGUUUGGUAUAAUGACAUUUUUUGAUUCAGGGUUUUUAGCAUUAGGUAAUUUAUUAUUUAUUAUUGGGUUAAUUUUAAUAAUUGGUCCACAAAGAACUAUAGCAUUUUUUACAAGACCAACAAAAAUAAGAGGUACUAUAUGUUUUGGAUUAGGAAUUAUAUUAAUUUUAAUUAAAAGAUCAUUUAUUGGAUUUAUUGUUGAAAGUUUUGGAAUAUUAGGAUUAUUUGGUGAUUUUUUUGGUACAAUUAUACAAUUUUUAAGAUCAAUUCCGUAUAUUGGAGAUGUUUUAAAUAAUCCUUUUAUAGCCCCAACAGUUGAUAGGUUAGCUGGAGUUAAUAAUACUUUACCUGUUUAA